AUGGGGUCGAAGCCCUCUGACGAGCGCGCCGUUGAUGACCAAGAGUCUGGAAACCAGAUUAUGAUUAACGAUGCCACAGAAAAGGCUUAUGUUCGAAAGAUGGACAUGUGGCUUCUGCCUUUUCUCUCCUUAAUGUACUUCUUCAACGCAAGUAACCUUGGAAAUGCCGAAACAGAUGGCAUGAGCAAGGACUUGGGAUUCGUCGGAGAACAAUACUCUCUACUUAUUCUGCUCUUCUAUAUUCCAAAUGGACUUUUUGACUUACCGCUGAACCUUUUAACUAAGCGUUACUCCGGUCGCAUUGUCUUGCCGGGACUCAUGGUAGGAUGGGGUGCCAUGGCACUUCUGCAAGCGGCCUGCAAGAACUUCGGUGGCAUGCUCGCUAUCCGUCUAAUCCUUGGGGCUUUCGAGGCUGGUUUCUUUGCCGGAGCUGUCUUUUAUUUGACCUUAUUCUACACACGAGGGGAACUUGGCUUUCGCAUCGCUUUGUUCUUUGGAAGCGCGGUGUUAGCUAGUGCCUUUUCCGGUCUAAUCUCGUUCGGAGUGUUUCGGAUUCAACACCCCCACGUUCAAGGGUGGAUGUGGCUUUUUCUCAUUGAAGGAGGUUUAACCGUCAUCUUUGGUAUUGUUGCCUUUUGGUGGCUACCUGCAAAUUCCCAAAGUGCUUGGUUCCUAACCCAAGCUGAGCGGGAAGUAGCUUCUCUCCGGUCCCUCCGAGAUGGCACUCGUAACCUCGGAGAAGAGUUUAGUCUCAAGCAGUGCUUUCAAACCUGGAAAGACUGGAAGUUUCCGAUCUGGUGCAUUAUCAGUUUUACUUAUCCUGUGGCAUUCUCUACAACAGCAAACUUCCUUCCUCUUGUCAUCGGUCUGUUAGGCUACAAUAAGGUGACGACAAACUUACUCACGGUUCCUCCAAACGUUACUGGCUUCUUGGUUCUGCUUGCUGUCACUUACAGCUCUGACAAGAACCGAGAACGCACCUUUCACAUCAUCGGUAGCUUGACGACAAGCCUCAUAGGCCUCGUUGUGCUGGCGGUCAUCGAUGCCCGAGCCCACGUUGGUGUCGCGUACUUCGCGACCUUCCUGCUCACUGCUGGCGCUUACAUACCGAGCUGUCUUGUUCACAGCUGGCAUAACAACAACAAUUUGAGUGAGAAUUCGCGGGCCGCAACGACUGGUUUGCUUGUGGGCCUUGGCAACCUGGGCGGCAUUCUCUCAGCAGGAACCUUCCGGACAACUUACGCCCCGCGAUAUGCUCCAACACUCCUUGCGACAGCUGGUUGCAAUAUUACCUGUAUAAUAUUCACUCUAUGGCUGGGAAUUUGGAUGCGUAUAGAAAAUAGCAGAAGGAACAAGGACCAGAGGGUUUCCCUAAGAGCGGAGGAUGUCGAAACACGGGACCUGAGCGAGGGCGAAAAGGAUCAGAGAUGGAGAUUUUUCAUUUAG